AUGAUUAAUUAAUAAGUGUUCGAAUAACUCAAUUCCAUUCUCUUUAAGCAGAAAUUCGAAAAUCAAAUCAAAAAUAUGUAUCCUACUUAAAAGAACUUAGAAUUCAAGUAAAUAUAUUAAUCUACAUAAUCAGAUUCAUUGUAUUAAAAAAAAUUGAAACCUAAAUAACUAAGACUUAUAAGAAAAUCACAAAGUAUUGGAUUGCAGAUGAGACUGGGAGUGCAUUUUUGAAUGUUCAUGAUAUGGAUGAAUCAGCCAUAUCACCAGGUGAUGUAUGUGUUAUGGUUGGAGCCUAUACAAAUUUAUUCAAAGGAAUGAUGAAUAUUCAUUAAGGUAUAAUAUAUAAAAUAUUAAUAGGUAAGAAUGGUAUAUUCAAAAAAGUGAGUGAAUUCGAUCUUUAAUAUUUAACUUACCCUAAUCAUAGUUUAAAAAAUUGGGGUAAUGAUUAAUAAACCACUUAAAUUUGA